AUGCCUGACACCACCCCCGCCUAUGUUGGUACCGCCCAGCAAGGACUGGUUAUCAACCCCAAGAAUCUGAGCAUUGCCCUCAGCGCUGGCAAUGCUGCCAAGGACGCUCGUAAUAAGGGGGACAAGGAUGGGAAGGAUAAGAAAAGGGUUCUCAGCUACCCCAUUUCCAGAGCGAUUCGUGUGAUAUAUUCAGAUGCUAACCAAGCCCCCAAAGACUUCGUACCUCGUUUUGGCCGGAAUUUUCGAUUCAUUGCUCUUUUUCGCUAUUUAAUCUUCAAGCUACGUGAUGGAAAAAGGAAUUCGAUUCACACCAAGUUCCGUAAAGAGAACGCAGGAGUCCCGGGUAGGGAGAAAGAAAGGCUGCUGAUGCUAUGGGGUUAUUUAUUUCGCUUCACGGAUGUCCCUAGGUUCAGGUCGCGUGAGAUCAACACUUCGAAUAUCAAUGAGGCAGAGGUCGAAACGCGUGUAUCGAAUGUUCAAGAAUUUCCUACCACCGAAGAACAAGACGCUCAAGUCAAAAAUACGUUUAUCGAAUCGCUAGACUUGGAUACCAUCUGCGCUCUGGCAUCAAAGUACAAUGAUGGCAGACCGUGCCAGGUUGUAGACAGGAAAAACGGCAGCUUUAAUGCUUGCUUCUUUGUCAAGUUUGAGCAAGAUGGGCCCGAGUGGGUUGUCAGGGUUCCAAUCGAGCCCAUUCUCGAUAACCCCUGGGAUAAAGUGCUGAGUGAGGUUGCGACUAUAGAAUACCUGGAGCGGAACACCCGGAUUCCGGUCCCUCACGUUCACGCUUAUGGGCGUGAUGCUGAGUUGACCAAAACUAACACAGGGACGCAGGCGUUUCUCAUCGCAGAGGUCAUCCGGGGCGAGCCGCUGGAUAAAAAGCUCCUAAUUGAGGCUGAAGAGGAGCAGAGGAGAAACUUCUUUUCUCAGUUGAUUGACAUCUUGGCCGAGCUCAGGCAACUUGAGUUCCCCUUGAUAGGCUCUCUGAUGCUAAAUCCUGACGGCAGCCCGCAGCCUUCUUUGGUCCCCGUCAUCUCCAUGUCCGCUGCCACGCUUCGGCUGCCGCCGCCUCAGUCAAGAUUUGAUUCCGCCAGGAAAUACAUGGCGUACCAACUUGGCCUUGUAUCAGGUUUCUUCUCGCCACCUGUUAGCAACCACACCGUGGACGACAUCAAGCAGGAGAUGUUCGCGCUGCAUUGCAUGGAGCGCAUCUUUGGCCAGGUUAUCGAUUCUCAACUGGACAAAGGACCUUUCGUAUUGAACCACCUAGACUUGCGGGGGGCCAACAUCAUCGUGGACAAGAAACUAACAAUCCAGGGCAUAGUUGACUGGGAAUUCGCACAUACGGUUCCACGUCAGGUCUUCACCCCGCCAUCAUGGAUAACGGGCCAUGACUCGAUCGAGACGAACAAGCAGAUGCACGCCGAGUUCUGCAGCGUCCUGGACGAGAAUAGCCAGGCAAACAGCCUCUGGGAGCAGCUUGGAAAGGAAUGGUAUGGCCAAUCGGCCGAUGGAAAGUCGAAGGAUCAGACUGACAUGGCGUUCUGUGUUGCUCAUGUUCUACGCCGUCCUGCCGACGCUACCGAGAUAUUCGAAGACUUUUUGGCCCCGAAAAUUUUGGACAAGAGUCUUAAUGAUUCUGUAUCUAAGUUCUUCAACGAGAAUCAAGUGGCUGCGCUGGAGGCCCAACGUCGGGCGGAACAGUGUGAGCGCUACACCGAGUAUCUGAGGGAGAACGGGCUCUAUGAAACUGAGACGGACAGGUUACUAGCCGAGUCAAAGGCCUUGAAGGCAAAGUGGGGUUGGGAGUAG